AUGCAGAAAGUCUUCCUUGCCAUCACCCUCGCCUUGGUUGCCUUCGCUUCGGCUGAUGUCAGUCAUUUGUCGAGUUCAUACCUGCCGCCCAGCUCAGGCAUUUCAUACUCAUCGGGCGGCCCCCACGGUGGCUCAUACUCCUCAGGAGGUUCUCUUGGCAGUGCAUACUCUUCAGGUGACUCUCUUGGUGGCUCAUACUCUUCAGGCGGUUCUCUUGGCAGUGCAUACUCUUUAGACGGCUCGCUCGGUACCUCAUACUCAUCGGAUGGUGCCCUCGGUGGUUCAUACUCUGCAGGCGGUUCUCUGGGAGGCUCAUACUCGUCCGGAGGUGCUGCUGGCGGUGGUGGAUCGUCCUACUCUGAGCCAUCCAACGUAUACUUGCCUCCUGCCUCAGCUCCAGUGUACUCUGCUCCAGCCCCAGCUCCUGUUUACUCUGCCCCAGCUCCAGCUCCUGUUUACUCUGCACCAGCUUCAGCGCCAGUAUACUCCGCUCCAGUAUACUCUGCACCUGCAGCGCUGACAUAUCAAGCAGACCUGGCCAUACAGGCGGGCGUCCUGCCAAUGGUAAGGCAGCAGCAAAAAGACUACGUGGAGUUUAGCGGCUGCACCUUUCGUCCGGGGUGGUUGUCGAUUAAUUGCGAAGAUGCGGAAACGCUGGAGUGUCUGCCAAAAAUCACACCAACUUUUAAACCCUGGAAAGACGCGGAAAUUGCCAGGGAUGUCCCCAUAUGCUCUGUAUAUAUUGGUCUCUUACCGUAG